AUGUUCACACUUAUUUCCUGCUAUGACUGCGUCGCUGGCAGGUUUCCAGUGAAAGGCCUUCGACUCCGUUUGAAGGAAAUCAAUUUGCUGUUUGCUGCUCUGUUGUGUUGGUGCUGCCUUGGUUGCUGCAUAGGUGAUGAUGGAUGUAUCGUGUCUGAAACAAGCAUCAGGAGAGCUACCAUAACAAAGGGAGUCCCGGGUACCAUUUACUUGUUGCGCGAAGCAGCCCUCGAAAGGGUAUUCCUGAGGGUAUUUAUGAAGAGAAGCGACAAGGGGCUGAAGGCCGAGGUGAUAACUCUGCAGCAGAAAGAUCUGCCGCUGAAUAAACACUUUCAAGAUAUCAUCAUUUCAAUUGAUUCCGAAGGCCACCCAAGCAUGACCCUUCCCAACAUCACCGAGAGGACCUUCACCUGUUGCCGGAACUCCAAGAUCGAGAAACUGGAGGUGGAGUCGGAGGGCGGGGGAGUGUGGCUCUUCUACAGGUGUCCAGAGGCCAUGGCCAAAGAGAGGCUUCAGAAGAUUACCUCCCUUAGCGCGGAAGGCAGAGACAGAGAUCCCCCUGAUUCCAGCGCGAAAGGUCAGCCCCACCCCGCCGCGUAUGCGUGGGUGCCACUGGUACUUGCGCUCGCCUGCUGUCGGAUCGGCUUCGUGUAAUCGAGAGCCACGGCUUUUGUGGAAGAUCCGAACACUAAUGCACGGAUGCUCUUAUACUGCAGAUGUGUACAGAUAUCUGGAUUCCGAUCCCUUACUCGAGUGGUGGCAGCCUCCCUUAUGGAGAUAGUUGACUUACUGAAUGCUAGCCAAGUGAACUAAAGGUUUACACACACACACACACACACACACCACACACACACACACACACACACACACACACAC